AUGGAUAUCAUCGGUAGAAGGAGGAUUCCGAAGAGCGAAACUGAAUUACAUUUAAAAUCUCUUCUUGUUCCGUGCCAUUACGACGAUGCUGUAUUUCUUAAAGGUGUAUGUGUUCACUGCAUUCAACAUAAAAGGUACUCAACCCGUUCUUCAAGCUCUAAUAAGAACUGUUCCAAUUUCAUAAGGGAGAAGAUAUACAAUUACGUUGACGGACAACUGGUCGUAACCAGUGGAAUGUUUAUAUUAUUUGAUGAAAAAGGGUUAUGUUCACGUGGCGUGGGAUGUUUGAAGAAUGGUUUUGAGCAGUUGGAAGCUUGGCGCAUCGCGGAAGGAGCUACAUUUCUUAAGGGGAGGAAAAUCCAAAUUGUUACAUUAGUGAGACAUCCGUUCGUCAAAGUGGCAAGUGAUGGAAGUUACACCGGAGUUUGUUUCGAAUUUAUGAAUGCAAUCCGUGACAAGUAUAAUUUUAGUAUGCAAAUAUUUCUCCCCUACGAUGGGAAUUGGGGUGCUCAGACGGAAAACGGAUCGUGGAACGGGAUGGUGGGACAAGUCCUCCGAGGUGAAGCAGACGUUGGCGUUGCUGGUUUUUCCGUGACACUUCAACGCAGCCAAGUUAUUGCUUUUUCCUCUUCGUACUACCAGGAGGAAACUGCCAUUCUCAUACCACCCCCAAGGGAGGGGGGUCCUAAACUUACAAUCCUGAUUCGACCCUUGUCGGACGUGGUCUGGGCUUGCCUUCUCAUCACUGUUCUCGUCCUCGCCCCCACUUUUUAUCUCAUGCACGUUGCCAGCCUUUACAUUUCCAGGAGUAAAAAAGAAAAAAAGAGUUUUAUCGAGAUGAUUGCGGAAUUACUUCACUUCAUGAUUGGCUCUCUUGUACAAGAAAGUGUUGUCUCACCGGUCAAUAAAACUUCUCGUUUCCUGAUAAUGUUGUGGUGGUUCCUUACUCUUAAUCUUGCCAACAUCUAUGUAGCAUAUUUGGUGUCAUACUUGUCAGCCCCAAAAUUAACGAAUGUUGUGGACAGUCUGGAAGACCUCGUGAAACAAAACAAAAUUCGAUGGACGUUUCGACAGAAUACAGCACAUCAGUCCUUGUUUAAAUCGGACACCUCUGCUGGCGUUUAUAAAUCCGUAGGAGAUGGCGUGAGUAUUGAUGAAUUAGUAAUGUCGGAUGAGCAAGGCAUUGUAAAAGUUUUAAGUGGAAAGUUUGCCUUUAUCAAGGAAAAAUCAUUCUUGGAUGUGGCACUUGGGCAAGAUUUCCGAGCUACGAAAGGUCUUUGUAGAAUGACCGUGGCCAAAAAUACCUUUUUCAAAGUGGAAACUGCUCUUAUACUUCCGAAAACUUCAAAGUUUCUGGACCUCAUCAAUACAGAAAUUACUCGUGCAGUUACAACGGGAUUACUUGAAAAGUGGAAAUCAUUGCAUUGGGAGCAGUUGUUGUGGUGUGUGGAUGCCGUAAAUUAUAUUCCAACGACGCUACCUCCAACAAGAAAAUUGGAGUUGAGUGACUUAUCAGGGGCAUGGUUUCUGUUGGGUUGUGGAGCAUUUUUUUCAAUUGCUGAUUUCUUGAUCGAACUUUGUUAUAGUCGGAUUCAAAGAAGAGGAAGAGAAUUACCGGAUAUAAAUUAUGUCGAAUAA